CGCCGCGGAUCCAAGAUGGCGGCGUGUGGACGUGUACGGAGGAUGUUCGGCUUGUCGGCGGCGCUGCAGCUGCUGCUGAUCGCCGCGGCCGGGGCCCAGAAAGUCCAGGGCCAGGGCGGCCACAGCCAGGGCCAGGGCCCGGGGGCCAACUUUGUGUCCUUCGUAGGGCAGGGUGGAGGCGCCGUGUCGGCGGUUCAGCAGCUGCCUCAGUCACCUCAGCUCCAGCAGCCUCAGCAGCAGCAACCGCCUCAGCCGCCGCAGCCGGCGUUCCCGGCGGGUGGGCCUUCGGCCCGGCGCGGAGGAGCGGGGGCUGGCGGGGGCUGGAAGCUGGCAGAGGAAGAGUCCUGCAGGGAGGACGUGACCCGUGUGUGCCCCAAGCACACCUGGAGCAACAACCUGGCGGUGCUGGAGUGCCUGCAGGAUGUGAGGGAGCCUGAAAAUGAAAUUUCUUCAGACUGCAAUCAUCUGUUAUGGAACUAUAAACUGAACCUAACUACAGAUCCCAAAUUUGAAUCUGUGGCCAGAGAAGUUUGUAAAUCUACUAUAUCAGAGAUUAAAGAAUGUGCUGAUGAAACAGUUGGAAAAGGUUACUUGGUUUCCUGCUUGGUGGAUCACAGAGGCAACAUCACCGAGUAUCAGUGUCACCAAUACAUCACCAAGAUGACAGCCAUCAUUUUCAGUGAUUACCGUCUAAUUUGUGGUUUCAUGGAUGACUGCAAAAAUGACAUCAACACUCUGAAAUGUGGCAGCAUUCGACUUGGAGAAAAGGAUGCACAUUCACAGGGUGAGGUGGUAUCAUGCUUGGAGAAAGGUCUGGUAAAGGAAGCAGAAGAAAGAGAUCCCAAGAUUCAAGUCUCUGAACUCUGCAAGAAAGCCAUUCUCCGGGUGGCGGAGCUGUCUUCAGAUGACUUUCAUUUAGAUCGGCAUUUGUAUUUUGCUUGCCGAGAUGAUCGGGAACGUUUCUGUGAAAAUACACAAGCUGGUGAAGGCAGAGUGUAUAAGUGUCUCUUUAACCAUAAGUUUGAAGAAUCCAUGAGUGAAAAAUGUCGAGAAGCACUAACGACCCGCCAAAAGCUGAUUGCCCAGGAUUAUAAAGUCAGUUAUUCAUUGGCCAAAUCGUGUAAGAGUGACUUGAAGAAAUACCGCUGCAAUGUGGAGAACCUUCCUCGGUCCCGGGAAGCCAGGCUAUCCUACCUUCUAAUGUGUCUGGAGUCAGCUGUACACAGAGGGCGACAAGUGAGCAGUGAGUGCCAGGGGGAGAUGUUAGAUUACCGACGCAUGUUGAUGGAAGACUUUUCUCUGAGCCCUGAGAUCAUCUUGAGCUGUCGAGGGGAAAUUGAACACCACUGUUCUGGAUUACAUCGAAAGGGACGAACCCUCCACUGUCUGAUGAAAGUAGUUCGGGGGGAAAAGGGGAACCUUGGAAUGAACUGCCAACAGGCGCUUCAAACACUGAUUCAGGAGACUGACCCUGGUGCAGAUUAUCGCAUUGAUAGAGCUUUGAAUGAAGCAUGUGAAUCUGUAAUACAGACAGCCUGCAAACACAUAAGAUCCGGAGACCCAAUGAUCCUCUCAUGCCUGAUGGAACACUUAUACACAGAGAAAAUGGUAGAAGAUUGUGAACACCGUCUCUUAGAGCUACAGUAUUUCAUCUCCAGAGAUUGGAAGCUGGACCCUGUCUUAUACCGCAAGUGUCAGGGAGAUGCUUCUCGUCUUUGCCACACCCAUGGUUGGAAUGAGACCAGUGACCUUAUGAUGACUCCUGGAGCUGUGUUCUCUUGCUUAUAUAGACAUGCCUACCGCACUGAGGAACAGGGAAGGAGGCUCUCACGGGAGUGCCGAGCUGAAGUCCAAAGGAUCUUGCACCAGCGUGCCCUGGAUGUGAAGCUGGACCCUGCCCUCCAGGAUAAGUGCCUAAUUGACCUGGGGAAGUGGUGUAGUGAAAAAACAGAGACUGGACAGGAGCUUGAGUGCCUCCAGGAUCAUCUCGAUGACUUGGCUGUGGAGUGCAGAGAUAUAGUCGGCAACCUCACAGAGUUAGAAUCAGAGGAUAUUCAAAUAGAAGCUUUGCUGAUGAGAGCCUGUGAGCCCAUAAUUCAAAAUUUCUGCCACGAUGUGGCAGAUAACCAAAUAGACUCUGGAGACUUGAUGGAGUGCCUGAUACAAAACAAGCACCAGAAGGAUAUGAAUGAGAAGUGUGCCAUUGGAGUCACCCACUUCCAGCUGGUUCAGAUGAAGGAUUUUCGAUUUUCUUACAAGUUUAAAAUGGCCUGUAAGGAGGACGUAUUGAAACUUUGCCCCAACAUAAAAAAGAAGGUGGACGUGGUGAUCUGCCUGAGCACCACUGUGCGCAAUGACACCCUACAGGAAGCCAAGGAGCACAGGGUGUCCCUGAAGUGCCGCAAGCAGCUCCGGGUGGAGGAGCUAGAGAUGACAGAAGACAUCCGUCUGGAACCAGAUCUGUAUGAAGCCUGCAAGAGUGACAUCAAAAACUACUGUUCCACUGUGCAGUACGGCAAUGCUCAGAUUAUUGAAUGUCUGAAAGAAAACAAGAAGCAGCUAAGUACCCGUUGCCACCAGAAAGUAUUUAAGCUGCAGGAGACAGAGAUGAUGGACCCAGAACUAGACUAUACACUUAUGAGAGUCUGCAAGCAAAUGAUAAAGAGGUUCUGUCCUGAAGCAGACUCUAAAACCAUGUUGCAGUGCUUGAAGCAAAAUAAAAAUAGUGAACUGAUGGAUCCCAAAUGCAAACAGAUGAUUACCAAGCGCCAAAUCACCCAGAACACAGAUUACCGCUUAAAUCCUGUGCUAAGGAAAGCCUGUAAAGCUGACAUUCCUAAAUUCUGUCAUGGAAUCCUGACUAAGGCCAAGGAUGAUUCAGAGCUAGAAGGUCAAGUCAUCUCUUGCCUCAAACUGAGAUAUGCCGACCAGCGCCUCUCUCCAGACUGUGAAGACCAGAUCCGGAUUAUUAUCCAAGAGUCUGCUCUAGAUUACCGACUAGACCCUCAGCUCCAGCUGCACUGCUCAGAAGAGAUCUCCAGUCUUUGUGCCGAAGAAGCAGCAGCCCAAGAGCAGACAGGUCAAGUGGAAGAGUGCCUCAAAGUUAACCUGCUCAAAAUCAAAACCGAGAUGUGUAAAAAGGAAGUGUUAAACAUGCUGAAGGAAAGCAAAGCAGAUAUCUUCGUGGACCCAGUUCUUCAUACAGCUUGUGCCCUGGACAUCAAACAUCACUGUGCAGCCAUUACCCCUGGCCGAGGGCGUCAAAUGUCCUGCCUUAUGGAGGCCUUGGAGGACAAGCGGGUGAGGUUACAACCUGAGUGCAAAAAACGCCUCAACGACCGGAUUGAAAUGUGGAGUUAUGCAGCAAAGGUGGCCCCAGCAGAUGGCUUCUCUGAUCUCGCCAUGCAAGUGAUGACAUCCCCAUCAAAGAACUACAUUCUCUCUGUGAUCAGUGGGAGUAUCUGCAUAUUGUUCCUGAUUGGCCUGAUGUGUGGACGUAUCACCAAGCGAGUGACACGAGAGCUCAAGGACAGGUAGAGCCAUCUUGACCACCAAAGGAACUACCUGUCCAGUGCCCAGUUUGUACAGCCCUCCUGUAUAGUGUACCUACUCACCUCCCUCUUCUAAGAGGUGACAGCAACACCCAUGUUAGAGCAGCAGCAGGUAUCCACUGCAUUGUCCUAUCUCAGACGUCACCCAUGUCCUCGUUCUCAGCCAUUUGUGCAGCAUCAACAGCUGGCCGCUUCAAUUACUGCCUUUGUUGGCAAACUUUGGGUUACCUGCCCGUAGACAAGUCUUUCUCAUACCAACAGAACUACCAGUACUUCCAGAACCAAGUCACCUGACCUGCAACUCAUGAUUUUUUUUAAAAACCACCAAAAAAAAAGAAAGCAAUUUUUAAAGAAAGGAAAAAAAAAUGUAUAUAGUACCACAUCUCCUCCAGGCUUAAUUUGGGCAAUGAGGUUAUGUCUUGUGUGUGACUGUGUAAAGGCAGGACUUUAGAGGGGAAGCAUACUACCCAGUAUGCUCUAACUGGGAUGUCUUGCUCAUUUCUCAAAAGCACCUUUGGGCCAUUUCAGGCUAUGGACCCAGGAGUGGGAAACCACUAACCAGCCUGCUCUGGGUCCACUUUUCUUCUGCUGAAACAGUAAUGCCUUCAGUUCCCACUCUAGGAGAGCCACUGCUGGUGAAGACCACAAAGCCAUGGGUAUUUCUCUGAUUCCUCACCUCAGUGAAGUACAACAUGAGCCUCCCUAGGCCAACAGCAUAAGGGUUGGGGAGAGGGUCAAAAGUUCAUGAAGCUUAUCAGUCCCUUGAACUGUACUGACAGGCUGGAUUCUGAUUCUCUACAGGUAGCAGGAUCCCAUUGAUCUUCCUUAUCCAGGAUAGUGCAGGACCCCAGUGGGUUUGGAUUGACCCUGCUGAGGUAGUUCUUCUAAAAGUCCUCAGCUUCACCAAUAGGCAUUGACUAGGAGGAAGGGUUCCUUUGACACGUGGAUGGAGGGAGGGGCAGGGCAGGAAGGUUCCAUUCACUCUGCUUUAUUUUUUAGGCUAAAAUAUAGGUCAGAGAUAAUGGCAUGGUCUCAGGGUGUGGCUGGCAGUCCCACCUGACCUUUCUGCAGGCUCAAGACAAGCUCCUUUUUACCCCUACAUGGAGACGGUGUGGAAAGUGAUUACAUUAAAAGAUGGAGGAUUUUCUCCAUUUUUUUUCCUUUCUAUCCAUUUGCUGUGUAUACCCACUCCCUUAGGCAUUGGCUAAAUGCCUUUCUAGAACCUGAGCUUUGUAGAAGCAAUAUUCCUGGCUUUUCUCCCUCAUUCCCCCAGUUUGGGGAGGACAGGUUUGGGGUAUAAACAAGGAGGAGUCCAGGCAUCAUGGUUCAGUUCUGGCACACCUUUGAAUGAGUCUGGGGCAUAAAGUCAUAGUGGCUACAGAGAGGACAGCAUGUACAGUAGGAGAUAUAUUUAUAUAAUAUAUAUUUUAUUAACCUAUUAGAUGUCCACAAAGUAUUCCAAAUCACGUGCCUAAAACCGUCCACAUAGACCAAGGCCCAUUCAUGGUGCCCUUCCUUCCCCUGCCUCACCUCUGCCACUGUCCACAUAUGCUACGGUACCUAAAGCAACAUUUGUCUUCCCUGAAAUGUGUUCACAUUCAAGGUGGGGAACGUGUCAGUGUGUGUCAGCAGAUCCAAAUCACUCCUUGUCUCACCUGACUGACGUACAUUUGAAUACUAUGGUUUUCUUCUUUUUUGCCUCCUUCCCUGGAGGCAGUAGGUUCUAGAAGCCAGCUAUAUAUAUCCAGUCCCCCCUCCCCCCCCCCCAGCUUAGGGUAAUACGUCACACCAAGGGGAGCUGCUAAGCUGCUUGGCCCCUCGGCCCUGCUCCUAGGGGCUUCCUGAUUCUCAGUAACUGUCCUGGGAUUCUUCAAUCUCAUAAAACUUGAAAUUCUUGGAGUACAUGCUGCAUGCCCUGUCACCACCACUGCUGGACUUAAUUGAGCUGGUCCAGAUAUUCCCUCUCCAGGGGCUCCCAUCUGGGUGGUGGGGCUGGUGAGGCUUUGCAUUGAGAACUGGGAAUGUUUGAUUGAGAACCAGGAAUGUUAUCUAAAUGCAGGCCCCCCUCUGACGUGUCUGGCAUGGUUUACAGGCUAGGAUUAGGGUUCAUCACUUGAUGAGGGUAGGGGGUGCCGUGCUGCAUCUCUGCUGUCUCCCUCCCAAUAUAUAUGUGAAGCAUUCCUGUAGUUCUAAUGUGUCUCAAUAGUUUUGUUCUUUUUUAACUGAGAGAAGAUUCCAUUAGUUGUGUGCAGCAGAUUUGGAAAUUUGAAAAGGUAUUAGGCUCAUGAAACAUUUGUCAUAGAAGUGAUAACUCUAGUAGUAUAUUCAACUGCUUGUUGCAAGACAGAAUUUCACCAUCCUACUGGUUUUCCUGGGAAUAGUUUCCUGUUACAGGUUCUUAAAAGUCCCUAGGCAGCAUCCUGAGCAGGUGUUCUAAUCCAAGGGAUCCAGCACCAUCUGAACUGGCAGCCCAGCCACAUCCAUUCUGGACCUCAUUUGGCAUGAUAAAGUAGGUUUGGGACCACCUCCAGUUACUGGCCUCAUAGGUCAAUCAAGGGUAUGAAUCAACUAGUUGAGAAUUAGGAAGAAAAGGAAAGCAUAACCUUGGUGUAGGAGCUGAUGAUGGAUUUUGGCCUUUAUCUCUUCUCAUGUAGUCCAGCCCAUGAAUAAUAACAUAAGUAGCAGGUAGGGGUUUUUUUGCCAAGGCCAAGUGAUUCGCUCAAGGCUCUAGGCGUUUGCUGAAAAUGACCAUUGCCCAGUAACUGUCAUCUAGCUUUGUCAGCUCACUCCAGUAUCUCAGGGACUCUUACACAUAGUGUGCUCACGACACUCCAGAGGCAUCAGGAGUCUCCUGGGCUGGAGGCACUGCAGUACAGGAAAUCAGAAAUCUGAGCAAAAUGUCAAGAACAAGACUGUUUCCCCUCAAACAGAACUGCUCCCACAGAAGGGCAGCUCUGAGUGAGGCUUUCACCUCACUGUCCCCCGGUCUUGCUCUGUUUUGCUGCUGUCCCAGGAAGCAGCAUCAAGAUGGGAGCCACCCCGAAGGUUUGGGUUCACUCCAGUGGGAAAGCCCCCUCCUCUGCAUUCCCUGGAGACCCUCUGGCUGUCACUUCCAGUUACAGCCCCAGUUCUGUGGAUCCAGUCAGCUUGUUCUGAGCCAGCGCACCCUUAGAAGCUAGGGGAAUUCUGGAGUGGCUGAUUAAGUUGUGUUCGGUGAGCAAGGUGGCGACUAGAAUCCAUUGUAGGCCUUUAACUGUCUCAUAUCCUGAAACUUGGUCUUCUGGGGAACAGUGAGCAGCUCAAGGUUGCAGGAGUAGGGAAACUGCUUUCCUAGAGGUGCAACAGAAAAUUACUGGCAGAUGUCAUUUCUUCCUGUUUCCCAAAGUCAUCUAAUAGAAGAACCCAAUGGUGAAGAGAAGUACCCAGCUGUUGUAUAUCCAGACUUCUGGAAAUGUCUCCCAUCCUCCCUUAGCCCAGGUUUCUGGUCCUGCCCCUAUCCCAAAGAUCCCCACUAUGGAAAUCAUCCGGGGAGAGGUAAGUUGCUUCUUGGGACCUUAUUUCUUAGCUGGUCUCAAGUCUGAGAAAAGGUUUUCUCUUCCCAUUCCUUUCCCACACACAAAAAAAUAAACAUUUGCUACAUAUAACUUAUUCUAAGUAAGCAGAUAAGGAAAAGGAAGCUGAAUAGGGACCUGCAAAGUCAACCAACCCAGCCACACAAUCCUGGAACAUUCAACCUAAAUUUUGGCCAUGGAACAGAGAAGACUGCCAUUUUCAAGUAUGUACAUUUUGCCUGUUUACUUAUAUUUCAAAUUCUUAAGAAUUUGAAAAACCUCAAAGAUCAGAAUGCUCCAUUUUAUUUCUUACCUUUUGGGUAGCACCUAUGUACAUUAUAAAAUGUAGUAUUCUAGUGCUGAGUUUCUCCUGGGCUUCUGGGUAUACUUCUUUCUCUUCUCCUAAUUCUUGGCCUCUUUACCCCUAGUCUAUGAUUCCCAAACGGUUUGUGCCAGAGGAUCUGAUGUUCAGGCCUGUCUCUCUCUCUCAUCUGCCUUUAGUUAACCAUUUCUCUAGCCACACUCCUCCUCGGUCCUCCUCCCUCCACUGGGGCCAAGGUCACAUGUUAGGGCAAAUCCCCCUUUCCACUCAGACCUUAGACAACAGAUAAAUCACUAGCAAGCCCAGACUGAAUCUUCAGGGUGACAGACUCCCCCAAACCAUCUGGUGAGAUCACUGUGGGGACCCAGGGAUUGUUUUUCAUCGAAGUAGAAAGGUGGGACUAUCCACUCAGUGGGUGUGAAAGGAUCCUGACUGGUGGUGUCCUCUCCUUUCCCUACCCCAUCAUCCCCCACGAUGCACAGUAGGGGUGUAGGGAGGUACGUAGUAAGGAAAUCUUCCUGGGCAAGGAGAAGUUCAGACAGUGCCUCUGUAUUCUGCUUUUUGCCUUUUCCCCCAAGAGGACUGACAUCUGGACCCCAGAGCCCAGCAGGGCGCUAUGCCAGACAGGCCAGGUGGUUUGAGCAGGUCCCAGCCAGACUACAGUGCACUGGAUGCAGUGCCGACAGGAGGGCUGGCAACAGGAGGGGUUCCUGAGCAGCUUCUCCCAGCACAAUGUCCUGGGUCAGUCCAAGCAGGAAAACAGACUGCACAGCAAAUGCUGUGAGCGCUUAGGCCUUUAACUUUUUUUUUUUUUUUUUGAGAAAGAAAAAAGGAAAGUAAAAUGAAACCUCUUUUGUAAAUGGUUUUCCUUUCUAUGUACAAAAUCCUGGCAGUUCCUUGUUUUUACAUGUUCAUGCUGUGUAAUUUUGAGAUGUUACUGAGAUUCUGAACAUAAUGUGCAUUUUUUUCUGUACAGAUGAAAUGGGAGAAUUUAAUAAAGAGUUUGCAGGUUUUUACUUGUUAAA